UAAGAACUAACUUUAUAGACUUCAUGACCAUAGGAAUGUAUAGUAUUAAAACUCAAUUAAGAAAUGUUUAAAUUAUUUGCCGUAAUAUUGAUAUUUAUAGUCCUAACAAAGGGUCAGAUGGAAAAUGAAACCACUUAUUAUAAAAGCAGAUCAGUGGCUAACAUUGAUGAUUAUAUCAAUCAAAACCGUCAAAAAUAUGCCAACAUGUUGCAAGAUUAUAAUAAUCGAUUAAAGACUUUUCAUGACGUUUAUCAAGCACGUUUAGAUGGAAUAUAUAUACAGCAGGAAAUGCUAACAGAUAGUAUGCUGCAAAACGAAGAACAUUUAAAUACGUUGGAAAAUUCAAAUGACUCUACCAAAGAAUGUGUCACCAAGUAUCGUUCUACCAUACCUACAGUUGCAGACACUAAAACAUCUAUUUUAAGUUGUAUAAAUUACGCCAAAAAUCAGCAUAGUAAUUUAUUAAAUGAUCCUGAAAAUACCAAAAUUUAUUUAAUAGGUUAUUAUUACGGUUAUUUUGAUAAGCGACUUAGAGAUUGUUCUGAGAUUUUCGACAAUACAUCGGUUAAUUACAAUGAUUGUGUUACAAGUGUGGUUAACGAUUCCAACAUUUUUACUACCAGUAAUCAAAAUAAUUUUGCAACACAAAUAGAUGCAGCCGUUCAUUCAUCAAUUGUUAUAAUUAAAGCAGCUUUUGAUUGUAGUUUUCAGAUAGAAAAGCGUACAAUUUCAUUAAUUGUUGACGUCAAUAAUUUGAUUAAUAAAUGUCAAUUGGAAUAAAAGAGAUUGUAGAUAAUACACGAAAGGAAGUUUUACCUAUAUUUUUCAUUUCCCAAAUCUUUUUGUUUUUUU